AUGGCACAUCUGGCGGGUCAGCAUGAUCUUGAUAUUCAUGGAACAACAGGUGCCGAAUCGAGCAAUCACUCAUCCGAUACACCUCCAAAUCACCUAAGAACCAAUAUUGAACCGGGUCAAUUCGAUGAGAAGAAUGGUGGUGUGCAACACACUCCUGCUGACGCCAUCAAGCAUGAGGAAGAGGAAGAGGAAGAUGAGGAUAUGGAUGCAUUGAUCGAUGAACUCGAAUCUCAAGAUGGUCAUGCUGAAGAUGAAGAGGCCGAAGAAGAAAAUGGCCCUGCUCAAGAACGUCCUGUCCCCGAAGAUUUACUUCAAACAGAUACUCGCAUUGGUCUUACUGAUUCCGAGGUGCAAGCUCGUCGUAAGAAAUGGGGUUUGAAUCAAAUGAAGGAAGAGAAAGAAAAUUUAUUUCUCAAGUUCCUGGGGUACUUUAUCGGUCCCAUUCAAUUCGUUAUGGAGGCUGCUGCUGUUCUUGCUGCUGGUCUUCAAGAUUGGGUCGAUUUUGGUGUCAUUUGUGCACUUCUCCUCCUCAAUGCCACCGUCGGUUUCGUUCAAGAGUACCAAGCAGGUUCCAUUGUCGAUGAACUGAAAAAGACUCUUGCCUUGAAAGCUGUUGUUCUUCGUGAUGGUCGUCUCUAUGAGAUUGAAGCUCCUGAAGUUGUCCCUGGUGACAUUCUACAAAUUGAAGAAGGUACCAUUAUUCCUGCCGAUGGUCGUAUCGUUACCGAUGAUUCUUUCCUUCAAGUCGAUCAAUCUGCCAUCACUGGAGAGUCUCUUGCUGUUGAUAAACAUAAGGGCGAUACAUGUUAUGCAUCUUCUGGUGUCAAGCGUGGUGAAGCUUUCAUGGUCAUUACUGCCACUGGAGAUCAUACAUUUGUUGGACGUGCAGCAGCUUUGGUCAAUCAAGCUUCCGCAGGAACUGGUCAUUUUACUGAAGUGUUGAACGGUAUUGGUACGGUUCUUUUGAUCCUGGUCAUUUUCACCAACUUGGUUGUCUGGAUCUCAUCAUUCUAUCGAUCGAACCCAAUCGUUCUUAUCCUCGAAUAUACUCUAGCCAUCACGAUCAUUGGUGUCCCUGUCGGUCUCCCAGCUGUUGUCACUACUACUAUGGCAGUUGGUGCCGCCUAUUUGGCCAAGAAGAAAGCUAUCGUCCAGAAACUGUCUGCUAUUGAAUCACUUGCAGGUGUUGAAAUUCUUUGCUCGGAUAAGACUGGUACAUUGACCAAAAACAAGCUCUCUCUCGCCGAACCAUUCACUGUUCCAGGCGUAGAACCCGAUGAUCUUAUGUUGACUGCUUGUCUUGCUGCUUCAAGAAAGAAGAAGGGUAUUGAUGCCAUUGACAAGGCUUUCUUGAAAUCUCUUCGUUACUAUCCACGCGCCAAGUCCGUCUUGUCCAAGUACAAAGUUCUCGAGUUUCAUCCUUUCGAUCCCGUUUCCAAGAAAGUUCAAGCUGUCGUCGAGUCGCCUCAAGGAGAAAAGAUCAUUUGUGUCAAGGGAGCUCCACUCUUCGUUUUAAAGACUGUUGAGGAAGACCACCCAAUUCCUGAAGAAAUCGAUCAAGCCUACAAGAACAAAGUUGCCGAAUUUGCCACUCGUGGUUUCCGUUCUCUGGGUGUUGCACGAAAGCGUGGUGAGGGUCAAUGGGAGAUUUUGGGUAUUAUGCCUUGCUCUGAUCCACCACGUCAUGAUACCGCUCGUACCAUUAACGAGGCCAAGACUCUCGGACUUUCCAUCAAGAUGUUGACUGGUGAUGCUGUUGGUAUCGCUCGUGAAACUUCGAGACAGCUUGGGCUUGGCACUAAUGUUUACAAUGCUGAACGCCUUGGUCUUGGUGGUGGUGGAGACAUGCCUGGCUCUGAGGUCUAUGAUUUCGUCGAAGCUGCUGAUGGAUUUGCUGAAGUUUUCCCCCAACAUAAAUACAAUGUUGUGGAAAUUCUUCAACAGCGUGGAUAUCUUGUGGCUAUGACUGGAGACGGUGUCAACGAUGCCCCGUCACUAAAAAAAGCCGAUACUGGUAUCGCUGUAGAAGGUGCUUCGGAUGCCGCUCGUUCGGCAGCGGAUAUCGUCUUCUUAGCUCCUGGACUGGGUGCUAUCAUUGACGCUCUUAAGACUUCUCGACAAAUUUUCCAUCGCAUGUACGCCUACGUUGUCUAUCGUAUCGCUUUGUCAAUACAUCUUGAGAUUUUCCUUGGUCUCUGGAUCGCCAUCUUGAAUAGAUCUCUCAACAUUGAAUUGGUCGUCUUCAUCGCCAUUUUUGCAGAUGUUGCAACUCUUGCUAUUGCUUAUGAUAAUGCACCAUUCUCCAAAACUCCGGUUAAGUGGAACCUUCCAAAAUUGUGGGGCAUGUCCGUUCUCCUUGGAUUUGUUCUCGCCGUCGGCACCUGGAUUACUCUCACCACCAUGAUUGCUCGAGGUGAAGAUGGUGGUAUUGUUCAAAACUUUGGUGUUCUUGACGAGGUUGUCUUCCUUGAGAUCUCUCUUACUGAGAAUUGGUUGAUUUUCAUCACACGUGCCAAUGGUCCUUUUUGGUCAUCACUCCCAUCGUGGCAAUUGACUGGAGCUAUUCUCAUUGUUGAUAUCAUCGCAACAUUUUUCACCUUGUUCGGUUGGUUUGUAGGAGGUCAAACUUCAAUCGUUGCCGUCGUUCGGAUUUGGAUUUUCUCCUUUGGAGUUUUCUGUAUCAUGGGCGGAGUCUAUUAUCUUCUUCAAGAUAGUUCUGGCUUUGAUAACCUCAUGCAUGGUAAAUCACCAAAGAAGACUCAAAAACAAAGAUCUCUGGAAGAUUUUGUCGUCUCACUUCAGCGUGUCUCCACACAACACGAAAAGUCGGCUUAA